AUGGAGGUAAUGACGGAAAAAAUGGUGGAGGUAAUGAUGGAGAAAAUAGAAAGAGGAUUUGAAACAAUGAUAAAGGAAAUAAAAGGUAUAUUCGAAAAGGAAGUAGCGAAGAUGAAGAGGGGAAUGAAAGCGGAAAGAAAAAGAAGGGAGAGAGAGAGAGAGAGAGUGAGAGAGAGCGAGAAGAGUUGGAAAAGGGAAAAGAAAGAAUUAUUGGGCAGAGUCAGAACAAUCGAGGAGGAGAAGGACAGGGCAGAGAGAGAGAGAGAGAGAGAGAGAGAGAGAGAGAGAAGAAGAAGGAACAUAGUAAUCAAAGGAGUAGACUGGAACGAAGGAAGCAAUGCAGAGACAGUAAAGGAGUUCAUAAGAGAAAAAAUGAAAAUAGGGACAGAAAUAGAAAGAACACAUGUGAUAAGGGUGAGGGACAAAAACACAAUAAUAGUGGCGACGAUGAAAUCAAUAGAGGAAAAAAUGAGGAUAAUAAAGGAACAAAGCAAAUUGGAAAAGGAGGUAUACAUAGAUGAUGAUCUGACAAGAAAAGAAAGGGAGCUACAGCAACAAAUAAGAAGGAUAACUAGAUUAAGAAGGGAAAAGGGCGAAGAUGUGAGGAUAGAAUAUAAGGAACUAAAAAUAGAAAACAGAUGGUACAGGUGCAACGAAAAUGAAGAGAGGCUGGAGGAAGAAAGAAAGAGAGGGGAAGAACAAUGA